AUGGAGGACGACGAGAUGUCGCCCGAGCAGAUCCAGUGCAGGGACUCCCUGCGCUCGGGCAAGCGGCUGCUCAAGGAGAAGAACGGCGCCGCCGCCCUGGUGCGGUUUGAGAAGGCGCUGAUGCUGUCCAAGGUGUUGAGCGACAAGGGCCAGUACCGGGCGGCCAUCAAGCACCUGGAGCGGGUGCUGGAGAUCUCGCGGGAAAUCAAGGAGUUCACCGGUGACGCAGACGCGUACGGCACCAUUGCCGACUGCUACACCGAGAUGGGGGACUUUGAGUUGGCGGCUGUCAACUAUGACAAGUACAUCAGGGUCAUGAACACGGACGGGCCGGUGUAA